AUGUUCAUUUUUGUUUGCUUUUCUCUUCAAGGUAGCGAAGAGGACCAGGAAGCGAUGCAACAGCUGGUACUAAACGCGCAGAAUUUGAUGCAGUCCGUCAAGGAUACGGUUCGUGCCGCCGAAGCUGCCUCCAUCAAAAUCCGCACCGAUAGUGGCCUUCGUCUGCGCUGGGUUCGCAAACCGUUGUGGGCCACUUACUAA